GUUCCUCAGUCCAUCUCAUUCGUUCAAAGAGGGGGAAGGAUAGGAGAGAAGUCUCCCCUUUGUGGGAGGCUCCUGCUGAUGUCAAAACCCCACGAUGUGCCCCAGCUGACAUCCUGUCCUUUAUUAGCUGCGGGCUCUGUCCUCUCCCCCGCCAGCUCUGGACAGUGCAGGCUAUAAGGGGCUGGGCAUGUCUCCCCAUUUGACCACCUUCCUGGCCCUUGCGCUCUGCCUGAGCCAAGCACUCCACGCACAGCACGGGGUCCUGCCCAGACCCUCCAUCUGGGCAGAACCAGGCCCUGUGAUCCCCCGGGGGCAGCCUGUGAACAUCGUGUGCCAAGGACCCGCUGAGUUUGCCACAUUCCGCCUGCAGAAGAAGGGAACAAGCUCAUAUAAAGAUGAGAACAACCCAGGGCAGGAGACGCAGGCCAGGUUCACCAUCGCCGAGGUGGAUGAAGACACUGCCGGGCUCUAUCACUGCCGCUAUCAUACCUAUGCCAUCUGGUCUGAACCCAGUGAGGACCUGAAGCUGGAGGUGACAGGAGACUCACAGAUACAGGAGGAAGACAGUAACAGUCCAAGUCUGUCGACAGAGCAUGUUUUUAUCCUCACUGGGGUCUCCGUGGCCUUGUUCCUUUGUGUCCUCCUCCUGGCCCUCAUCUUCCUCUAUUGUUGGCACCAGAAAAAACACAGGACCCCCGGCUGUGAAGGUGAGGAGCAGAGGCCCCAGGAGAGGGUCAGCCCGGCCGUUGACAUGCUAGAGAGGACACCAGAUCUGGCCACAGUCGACAGACUUCCUGAAAAGGACGGGGAAAUGCGUGCCCCCACCCCGACAGCAGGAGACCCCCUGGACGUGACCUAUGCUCAGCUGGACCAGCGCAUCCUCGCACAGAGGACAGCCCAAGCCGCACCCCCACGGUCCAUGGAGCCCACGGCUGACUUCAGCACAUAUGCAGCCCUCGCAGGACACUGACUCUAGGCCCAGCUGGCUUCUGCCCCUUGACACACAGGAAGCCAUUCCCGCAGAAGCGUGGAUUGGCCAUUUGGAGGGCCUCCAAGUGGGAUCAUCCCUUCCUGGAAAGCCACACAGUCAGAUUUCCUGGAAGCAAGUCAGGAGGCCCCCAGUCAACAUCUAGGAGACUCGGGAGCUGUGUGGUCCCCCCCGAAAAUCAGCUAGAUCAUCAAGAGAGCAUGUAGCACUUACUUCCAAAGACCCAGCUACAGACUCCUGGCUGUCUCCAGAGACCCAGGUAUAGUCACUUGACUGUUUCCAGAGACCCACUAUGGUCCUGCAGUCACGCAGAUGGAUUCCAGAUGUGUCCUAUGCAUCCCUAACUGCCCCCAGAAGUUCUGUUUAAAUUGUCCACUCUGCUGACUCUAAAGACCUUCCAGAAUUCUGAAGCUGACCUUGAACCUAUACUUAGGAAGCAGAUAGCCGAGACCCUGUUUUCUGGACUAUGCUUCUCUUUGUUCAUCAAUAAAAGUUCUCACAGGCCCUCCCUGCAGCAGCCCUGCGCAGGGAGGUUGGUCCUGGUCUCUGCUCAAAGCUCAGAGCAGGAAAAAAAGACAAAGGAUGCAUCAGUGUUCUCUGAACUGAGAGUCCCAGGGAGGCGUGAGGCCGCUGCUGAGGGGACGCGUGCCUGAGCAAACGUGCAGAUGAUACAGCCCUACACUCCACACAUGCACGCACACACACGCAUCCACAAAUAUGUCCAUGCACACACAGAUGCACGCACCUGCACACGUGCACACACGCUAAUGGACAUACAUAUGGACCUUACGAGGGAGCUGGUGAGGCUGUGACUGCGCAGAGAGGACCCCUGAGGCUUUCAGCCCGCGCCACGGAACAUGGUAGCUUCCUGUUUCCUGUCCCCACUCCAGGCCCGUCCACACUGAACGCCUUCUUCAAACACAACAGCACCAUCCAACUCUAAGACCUUGUCCUUCAUGUGGCCUUCACUCCCUCACCCAGCUAACGCCCUUCAAGUUUGGGUUUGGACGUCAUUCUUCCUAACAGGGUUGCAACACCUCCUCCAUGUAAAGUGAGUGUAUCGGCCUCCCACGGCUGCUGCAACAGAUCACUAUACUCUCAGUGGCUUUGGACAACACAAUUUAUUAUCUUACAUUCUGCGUGUCUGAAGUCUGAAAUUGGUUUCUCUGGGCCUAAAAUCAAGGUGUCCACACAGCCACGUUCCUUCUGGAGGCUCAAGGGGAGAAUCCAUUUGGUGACCUUUUCCAGCUUCCAGAGUCUCCUGCCUCCCUUGGUCCGUGGCCCCUUCCUCCAUCCUCCGGGAGCUCUGUGGCAUCUUCAAUUCCUGCUCUGGUUAGGACUCCUGCUUUUGUGAUGCCUCCUUCCCCUUCCUCUGAUCCCCUUGCCUCCCUCUCAUAAAGACCCUCGUGCUCACAUUGGGACCACCAGACAAUCCGGGAGCGUCUCCGCUCUCCAAAUCCUAAAGUCGCUGACACCAGUAAGAAACCCAUUUGCCACGUGAGGUAAUGUGUCAGGCAGCAUGCAAAUGGGCUCGUCUCCCACUAGUCUGCAAAAUGCUGGAUGUCUGACGGUCUAAUUUCCGUGCCCCCAGAGUGACUCUGUGGAACAGAAUCUGCUGUACCCUUUGUACUGGCCAUGUUUCAGGUGUCUGCAAACUGGACCUCUGUCCUAUGUGUGUGUCCUAAACACGACCUAAGUCACUGCGUUGA